AUGACUGAAGAUCUGAAGCCUCUCGAGCCUUUGGCGAUUGGAAUUUGCGGCAUUUUUGAGGUGGCCAGGAUGAUCAAGGAUGAUAUCCUCAAGGUGAAGACCUGCCGCCUGCGUGCUGAAAGUGGAUAUCCACUGCAAUGGGUGCGAGAAGAAGGUGUGUACCAAAGCCACAUAGAUGCGAAGGAGGGGAAGGUGACAUUUUCCAGCCUGAUGGAUCCGGACACUGUCAUCAAGAAGCUGAAUAAGGCCGGCAAGCCCGCGCACCUGUGGGGUGCCAACCCUGGAGUGGCAAGCCAGGUCCAAAAGAUCCAGGUUGGCGGUGGCGGCAACGACCAGCAGCCCAAGGAUAAUGGCGGCAAGGGGCAGCCCAAUGAUGCCGGUGUCAAUGGACAGGCCAAGGGUGGAGUGGCUGCUACAAGCAGCAGCGGUGAAGGAGAUUUAAAGAUAACGAUGCCGCAAGCCACUCCACAGCAGCUUCAGAAACUGCAACAAAUGCAGAUGAAGGGGACGAAGCUUCCUCCUCAGAUCAUGGGCAUGGGCAGCAAGAAGCCGCAGCCACCGGCGAAGGGCCCCAAGACCGUCAAGUUUAACGUUCCCGAGGACAUCGACUCCCGGGAUGAGUCUGAAGAUGAGAAUUUUGAGGACGAGGACCUUGACGACGAAAUUAUGAAGUUGAUCAAGACAAGGACCAUGCCGUCAGCCGCCAGUGGGGGCGACAAGAAGGGCGGCAAUGGUGGAAAUAGAGGCAGCAGCGGCAACGAGAUCCCGGUGAAGAUCAAGGGAAAUGCCAACAACGGCGGCAAGAUGAACCCUAGAGCAAAGCAGAGCUUGGGUGGAGGAGGCAACAAGGGCAAGAACGGUGGCGGUGCACAGCCACCGCAGAACGGCAAGGGCGGUGCCCUAGGUAUUGGGAACCAGCCGGGACAGUCCAAGAAGGGCGGCGCCAGGACACAUCCGCCCGCCGGGGUUGGUGGCCUGAUGAUAGGCGGCAUACCUAUGAGGCCGCCCAACAUGAUGGGCGGCGCCGGUGGCCCGUCUGCCGGUAUCGGCGGCCCGAUGAUAGGCAGCAUGCCGCCGCCGCCGCAGCCGGCGGACAUGAUGAUGAAGCCGCCGAACAUGACGGGCGGCAUGCCGAUGGGCCACCCCCACAUGGUUGGCAAUGGCAUGCAGCCGGGAGGUGGUAGUGCCGCGGUGCACGGCAUGCCUGGGGCUAGAUUCUAUGUGGGCGGUGCUAGUGGCUGCGUCGGCAGCGGCAUGCCAUCCGGACCAGAGAUGAUGCAGGCGGCCGCCGGUAACCCCGUGGCGCAGCAGCAGCAGUAUAUGCCCAUGAUACAUCAGCAACACCAGCCACAGAUGAUGAUGAAUGGCAAUGGCCCUCAUGGCCACCAUGUUCAUGGCGGUGCCGGGUACCCGCAAAUGGGGUACGGUUACGAGCAUCCGCCGAUGCCCUACCAGCCCUCACGGCCAACAUUAUUGCUAUGGAUUCAUGAAUGA